AUGAGUUACUCUGUUGUAUCAGCCGCCGUAUGGCUUCUCUUCUUUUGCCACGCCGUAUCUGGUACCUUCUUGUCCCAGAUCGAACCUUGUCCUGACUAUUGCGGAGACAAAGAUCCAUCAGAUUGGACUGUCUACUCGUCAUUGGCGCCUCUGAGCCAGUGUAACCAGCCGAUUCUGUUCGAUUUCAACAUUCACAAUCCUGUCGACGCCAACACUAUCUUCAAAUUGCGUGCUUGCAAUGCUGGCAAUGCCAUGCCUUCUUCUGUGGCCCACGUGAACGAGGGUCAGUCCAACAUAACUUCCCGCUCCGUUGGGGCUCGUGCAACACCCAGCAAUUCAUCUUCCAGAAGCUCUGGAUCGACUACCAAUGUGUCGUUUCAAUUGCUAUCCGGAGGGUCUUCAGCAUCCACCGCAGCCAAAGACUAUACAACCAUCCUCUCUGCUUUGCAAAACCGUCUCAAAAGCCAAGUCGCGAAUAACACCGCUUCAACAGCUCUCUUUGGUUACUCCAACGGCGUUACUGUUGGCAUGUUUAUCGGGGCUGGCAUGGAUCCUGCUGCAACUCCUCAAGUGUUCAAAUACUUGCUUGCCCAGCAACCGGGAAGCGAAAUAGUUGCCCAGCUUUGUGGUGACAACCGCACUGCAAGGCACGUCUAUGGCAUGUCUGUCAACACGAAUGGUGAUAUUAGUGCAAUUCAAAAGGAUGUUCUCUCCUGGUGGAAUGCCAAGUGUGUAGAGAGCUCUUCUGCUACCGCUAGUCAAACCUUCAACGUUGACAUUGUAGACCAAAACUUAGGCAAGACGAAUUCAUCGUCUGUCAAGGCUCGCAGAGACGGGACUUGUCGAACUGUCACUGUGUAUAGUGGCGAUUCGUGUGGAAGCCUGGCCUCAGAGUGCGGCAUAUCCGGCCAGGAUUUUACCACAUACAAUUCGCAACGCACGAACCUCUGUUCGACACUCGCUGUUGGAGAAAAAGUAUGUUGCUCAUCAGGCGGAUUGCCCAACUGGCAGCCCUCAGCAAACCCAGAUGGUACGUGUGUGGUAUACAACGUCCAGCCGGGCGACAACUGUGCUGCAAUUGCGGCCAACUAUGGGUGGCAGAUCAGCGACCUGAGUACUUUCAAUGACGGAACUACCUGGGGAUGGUCCGGCUGUGCACUCCAGACAGGACUUGCAAUGUGCGUAAGCAAGGGAACUCCCCCUUUACCUGCGAGUGUUAGCAAUGCUCUGUGUGGUCCAAUCGUUCCGGGGACAACGCAACCUACCGACGGCACUGCCAUUGCUGAUCUAAACCCGUGCCCCCUUAACGCUUGCUGCGAUAUCUGGGGUCAGUGUGGCAUCACAGAACCCUACUGUGAGGACAACAGGGGCCCUACCGGAAACCCAGGGACAGCACCUGUGAAUGAAUAUGGUUGCAUAUCAAAUUGCGGUACAGGUAUUACCAACAAUAGAUCGCCACCGUCCCAAUUCAUCUCGGUUGGCUACUACGAACAAUUCAAUUGGAACCGCGAGUGUCUGAACAUGCGAUCCGCGGACUUGCAAGGCAGUUCUUAUACUCACAUUCACUGGGCGUUCGCUGGUAUCAACCCUGACUUUACUGUCAACAUUACAGAUGACGGCGACAGCCAAUUUACACACUUUCUACAGCUUACAGGGGUUAAGCGAAUCAUCUCCUUUGGAGGCUGGGGUUACUCGACUGAUCCGUCGACAUAUGACAUUCUCCGCAGUGCCAUGACGGAAGCGAACCGGGAUACGUUUGUCAAUAAUAUUAAGAACUUUGCAAUUCAGAAUAAUCUUGAUGGAAUUGAUAUUGACUGGGAAUACCCUGGCGAACCGGAUAUUCCAGGUAUUCCCAAAGGUCAACCAACCGAUGGACCAAACUAUCUCCAGUUUUUGCUAGCAUUAAAGGUUGCGCUUGGUGAUAAGAUGUCAGUUUCAAUUGCUGCACCGGCUUCCUACUGGUACUUGAAGCAGUUUCCUAUUAGGCAGAUGAGUCAAGUGGUUGACUACAUUGUCUACAUGACGUACGAUCUGCACGGGCAGUGGGAUUAUGGCAACAAGUUCUCACAGGAAGGUUGUCCUAAUGGUAACUGCCUCCGAAGUCAUGUAAACUUCACCGAGACGGGGUAUACCCUCGCCAUGCUCACCAAGGCAGGAGUGAGCUCCAACAAGAUUAUUGUCGGCAUCUCAUCCUAUGGCCGCUCCUUCGGAAUGACGGAUCCAAGCUGCACUGGUCCUGAUUGUACCUUUCAAGGUCAAGUCGUAAAUGGCACCGGGGGCGGGUCGACGGCAGAUUUUGGACGUUGCACUGCUACUCGUGGCUAUAUUUCGAAUGCCGAGAUUGACGAGCUGGUUGCAAACGGUGUCGCCAAAGGAUGGUAUGACUCCGACUCCGACUCGGAUAUGGCCGUUUGGGGUUCAACGUGGGUUGCGUAUCAGAGCGUUUUCACUCGCGGCUCUCGCAGCAGAUUUUACAAGGUUCUCAACUUCGGUGGCACCAUUGACUGGGCCGUUGACCUGCUCGAAUUCACCGGCGAUGAUGGAGAUGAGACAGACCCUAGCCAAGACACCAGCGGCAAUGGCAGCUACCCCUUACCAGAUCUGUCUUGCUCUGCCAGCUACGCAACUCUCGAUGCCAUUGCAGCUGACGCGGGCAAGAUCCCAUCAAUGUGUGCUGCCAUAUACAUGGUUCAGAUUCUGCAAAAGAUGUACAACGAUGCUAUGGCCCAAUACAAUUCACUAAUGACACAGGGGUAUGACGAUAAGUUCAAAACCUAUGCAGGGGUUGUUGUCGAUCAUGCCGGAGCCUCCAUGACUCAAAUGAUAUACGGGAAUGGAACCAAGUAUUUUGAUUGCGUCGUGGCCGAGGUGAACUUUUGUUGUUCUGUCUGCAAUUCUAAUGAUCACGGCUGUGACUAUUGCCGUAAUGAAACUUCAGGCUGCAAACAAUUCUGCAACCCUCGCUACGGCGUAUGUUCUCCCAUCGGCAAGCGCGGUCUCGAUGCUAGUGCACAGGAUCUUGGCCCAACAGGCAUAUUCGCCCGUGAUGUACUACCUAUCCCUGGAUUCUCCAAGGAACCCGAGCCGUGUCCUCCUGACUAUUCAAAGCACGGCUAUGGUGGAGCGCAGGUGAACGGGGUGCCUUCCAACUCUAUCUGGUGGAAUUUCCGAAACGACCAGACCACGGCUCAGUUCUACGCUGACCUUUACUCGGAGACGGCAAUUCCGAAGAACAAGACGUCCAUCCAGACCCAUGUUCGCAAUAACAAUGCUUGCGCGCCGUCAUCGCACCAGGGUGAUGACUGCUGGAAUCUUGGUGUAGACUACACCAUGCCGUACGUCGACAACUAUACAAUAUCCGAUGUUGUCAACCCUAAGGAUGUGGUUACGCAGGCUACAGCGAACGCAACCGACCUGCUGGGCCAGAUCGGCGAUGUCCUCUCGUUUAUGCAGAGUGGACUAUAUGAAGGUGACUACAUGGACGUUGUCGAUACCAUCUCUAUCCCCAUCAUGAUGAUCAACUCGUCCGUCACAGAAAUGGCAACUAUUGAAUCCGUCGCGGACGAGAUCACCAAAGAGAGGCGAAUGGAAAUCAUCAUGGCCUUCUUUGGCGCUAUCCUGUUCCUGAUUCCCAUCGCCGGAGAGGUCCUCGGUUCUAUAGCAGAAUUGGCAGAGAUUGGAGCCAUCGUUUCGGCCGUUGGGGAGGUCGGCAACGUCGCCUUUGACAUUUAUUCGGUUGCUAGCGAUCCCAACAACGCUCCUCUCGCCAUCAUGUCGGCCAUCUUUGAGCCGUUUGCCCUGCUGGAUAUUGCCAAGGUGGCCAAGGCAGCCGCUAUCAGGAGAGGCAUGUCUGCUGACGAAGUUGGCAAGCUGGGUAAACAGGUUAAGCCUGUAUUGGACAAGAUUGACACCAUUAAAACAGGAUCUAAGUGUAAUAGGUAA